AUGGAGGGUGAUGCUAUAUCAGUGGGAAUGAUGAUGGAUGCUUUUAGGAGAUUUACUAACUCUACAGGGCUGGUGGCUAUCCCUAACAAGAGCAAAAUGUUUUUUUUUGGUGGUAUAGACAACAGUAAUAAGGAGAGUCUUAGAUGCAUCACUGAAUUCCAAGAAGGAUCAUUUCCAGUCAAGUAUCUCGAAGUUCCCCUUACAAGUAAGAAACUUGCCAUUCAUUCUUAUACGUAUUUAUUUGAGAAGAUAGUUGGUAGGAUGAAGCACUGGACCACUAAAAUUUUGAGCUAUGCAGGGAGAAUUCAACUUGUUAAAAGUAUCUCAUGUGCUAUUGCCCAAUAUUUGAUGCAAUGUUUCCUCAUCCCCAAGUUUGCGAUCAAGAAAAUUAAUUCUAUAUGUAGAAGCUUCAUAUGGAGUGGUAAUUGUGAGGCUAGUAGGAAGAGCCUAUCGACUUGGAAGAGAGUUUGUAGUACUAUUAAGCAAGGAGGCCUGCAGAUCAUCAAUCUUACUAUGUGGAAUUGUAUGCUAUUGUUGAAGUGCCUUUGGAAUCUUUGUAGGAAGGCUGAUAGCAUAUGGGUGAUGGGGAUGUAUAGUUAUUACCUAAAAGGCACUUUUGUCAUGGGUUAUGAAGCAAAAAUUCAUAACUCAUGGAUUUUUAAAAGCAUUUUGAAGCAAAGGGAGAAGCUGGGGGAUAUACAGCAGUUGUGGGAUCAAGUUCUACUUCAACAAAAAUUUCCUCUGCAACCUUUCUAUACUAGGGUGAUAGAUGAUGGUAACAUGGUCAUUUGGAGGAUCAGUACCAAUAAGGCCAGACCUAGACCUGUGAUCUUCCUGUGGUUAGCUUUCCAUGGUAAGCUAGCUACAAAGGAUAGAAUAAAGAGGUUUGGCAUGCUGCAUGAUAGCAUUUGUAGCUUAUGCAAAGAGAAAGAAGAGUCAAUCAAACACUUAUUUUUUCAAUACAACUAG